AUGCCUCUGCCUCCCUUGUUCAAUGAUGACACAGAAGACUGUCCACCCCCUCGGACAAUUGUGCUAUCCCCAUUUUCUCUCAAUUCAGCAUCCCCUGACCAUAUCCCUGAGCACCAGGAGGAUAGCAAUGACCAAUUAUCCUUUGGGAACAUUCAAGAUCAUACCCCAAGCAACCAUGGAACUCCUUCAGAUUAUUAUCUAGCAUCACUCCAACUCACUGCAUCCAGGUCGACAGUGACUCAUAUGCAAUCCAUGCCUACUCACUCAUCAGACUUACGAUGUCCCACCUCAGAAUUCUCCCCUGGAAAUUCCAGUUCCAAUGAGGUCAUUGAGAUUUCGAGUGACUUCAAAGAGGAACCUCCAAAAGAAGGCUUUGCACACCUCAAGCAUGUGCUUCUGUUGCCUGAUGGGAUGACCCUGAAAAUUCUGCAGUGCAUAGUGACUAUGUGUGAUGGGUGCAAGUUCUAUUACCUGACCAUUUUCUGUGGGGGAGAACAUCAGUGUGCAGCAGUUGAUCUCACCUUGACCUGA